CUUCAGUGUUGUCAGUGAGGGUGGAACGAAAACGCAUGUUCAGAAGAAGAGAAUAAGGGACGCAGAUGGUAACGUAAUUGGCUACGGAGAAGCUAAACCAGUUAAAGCCGGAUCAGAAGCAGUGCGGGAGAUGCUGAAGAAGCAUUGCAGAGUUUACAAAACAAACGAGAUGGUGAACUGUUGCGAGAGAUGACCACUGACAGUCUCCGAAAUCUACGGGAGGACGGAGAAAAUCUUUUGUCCAAUAAUAUGGAAUGGCCAGGACAAGAGGCUGCUGAUAAAGAACAGAAAAUUUUGGAAGAGGACGCACAUAUACCUUCAGAUUUUAGUGAUGCUACAACUGAUGAUGAUAUAGAUCUUUCUAAAUUAACACCGGCGCAGAGAAGACAAUAUCUUGCUGAAAAGGAGAAGAGGCGAAAAGAAAGAGAAAAGAGGCGGAGGGAAAAAUAUGGGGAUAAAUAUGAUGAAAUCAUGAAAAAGAAAAAUGCAAAGAAAUAUGAAGAAUUGGCGCAGAAAGUAGCUGAACGGGAAGCCGAAGAGCAAAAAAGAAAAGAAGAACGAGAAAAAGAAAGGGAAAAAGAUCGUCUUUCUGUCAGACGACGAUCUAGCAAUGCAUCGAGUAUAAGCAGACCUGGUGGAAGACCGAGGUCAAUGGUAACGUACGACAAGGGGCCACCUAGGGACUUGGGACAUGAUAGUAAGAGAGAUAACAGAGAAAUAGGCUUAAGUCAUGAAGAUUGGGGUCCUCGAGAUCGCCUGCGGAGAAAAGGAAGCGAUGUGAGCGAGGGUAGUGACGCGCCACCUAAACUUCACAGGGAAACAACAAUGAUCAAACCACUUCCAACCAUUACCCAGGGGAAAAUUUAUGAAGGCAAGACUCGUUUUAUCAUCGACUUUUAUACAUAG